AUGUUGUAUCUAGGGGACAAUCAGUCUUCUGGGCCAAUUCCUCCUAACAGUGGUGAAGUAAUGCCUUUGCUAUCAGAUUUAGAUGUCGCUGACAACUCUUUGAGUGGAAGCAUACCCUUGUCCAUUGGAAAUCUAACCGGAUUGAUGACAUUGGUUAUCUCCAACAAUGAAUUAUCUGGUCAGAUUCCUCAUUUCUGGGAAAAUAAACAAUCCAUGUACAUUGUGGACAUGUCAAACAACAGUCUUUCAGGAACAAUACCAACAACAGUGAGCUAUCUAAGUUUUCUUCAAUUCCUGGUUCUCUCAAGCAACAAACUCUCGUGUGAAAUUCCUUCCUCUUUGAAAAACUACACUAACAUGUUUAGUUUGGAUCUUAGAGAUAACAGAUUUAUAAGAAAGCUUCCAUCUUGGAUAGGAGAAAGCCAAACCCCAUCAAGCAUUGGGAAUUUUGAGUGGAUUGAAACUCUUGAUAUCUCCAUGAACCAAAUCUCUGGUCCAAUCCCACUUUCAAUGACUUGUUUAACAUUUAUGAACCAUCUCAAUCUUUCAUACAAUAACUUGUCUGGAAAAAUCCCAACCACCAAUCAGUUUCUGACCCUUGAUGACCCAUCAAUCUACCAAGGAAAUGCUGGUCUCUGUGGAAGACCCUUGUCAACUGAAUGUCCUGACAAUGGCCAAAGAAAACCAGGAGGUGAUGAAGAAGACUGA